UCAUUUUACUCAGACUAAUCUUUUUUUGAUCUUCCAAUGGAGAAAAAGAAAAGCCGCUUAAUCUUUUCACCGUCGCCGGCGGCGCCACCUCCCUCGCCGAUCCCGACAGGAAAAGGCUCCCGGUCCGCCGCGGAUCAGAUUUUAUCUGAAUACAUAGAUAAAUCAAUACAAAUCCCCGAACUAAGACUUGCUCGGCAGGUUCAGGUUCACCAAUUCAAACCGGAGGAAAUCAGUUACGAAUCCCUUCAAAUGAGGGAAAAGGAUUCAGUGAGAGGGUUGAUGCGAUCUGUUAGAGAGCUGGGAGUGUUCAAAAUAAUUGAUCAUGGAAUAUCGACGGAAGAGUUAAGAGUUGCUUUGGGUAAUAGUGAAGGGAUUUUCGGGCUAAUGGUUGAGUGCUGCACAAGAUAUGGAGAUCACGAGAAGCUUGUUUGGCGUGGGGAUGAUAACCAGAUUAUUGAAGAGGCUACCGCUAUGAUUGGCGAGCAGAAGCUUCAGGUUUUGCGCCAAAAAGUGGAGAGGGUAGCAAGACAACUGGAAGGAAUUGCACAAGAGUUGAGUGAGGUUAUUGGUGAUGUUCAAUUAGGUGAGUCCACAUUGAGCAUAUACAGCUACCAUCCACCUAACAUCAUCCAUCCAACUUCAUCUACACCCCAAAUUUCAGCUCCAUAUGCUUUCACCCUCCAUCUUUUGCUAGACCCAACUCAACUUUGUCUCCAAGACUUGUCCUUCCGCACCACCCCAGAUACCAUUGUUGUGACGAUGGGGCAGGAGAUUGAGGAACGGAGUUUAGGGGAAUUCAAAUCUUCCCAAGGUAAAUUACUGUUGAAGCCUUUUCUUCACAUAAACAGACCAUCAUUUUCGAUUGAACAGAAAUGGUCAGCUUCAAAUGCUGUCGGUGACUUGCGAAAUGCUGUCGGUGAAUCUAACAAAAUAAUUUCCCUGUCCGAUCAGAUUUUGAUUCUUCUCCUGGUAGCAUUUCUCUACAACUCUUUAUCUUAUAUAUUUUCCUGAGGGUCGACCAUCAACAACUUGGUUUGUACGUAUACCUCAUCAUCAACAACCAGAACCAUCUUGAUUGAUGCUUGUUAGGUCAUAUCCUAGAAUUUCGUGAUGCUGUUCGAUCUCAAUCUAUAAUGCUACCUUGUCACUUAGCUUCCGUUUUCAAAGUGGUAAUUAAUACAUGUUCCUUUUUGAUUGAUAUAUAAA